CAUCGCCGCCAGAACGAGAACUCAUGUAGAGCCGACGACUGCGUGAACCGAUAGAUAUAAACUUAUGCACACUUUAAACGGUCAAUAAUAAAAUGAAAUAAUGUUGUAAAAUAUAAUAAUAAUAUAAGUGAUGAUUUGUUAUCCACAAAAAGUGUAUUACGUAAGAUUGAAAAGCCUCGAACAACUUUAAGAACAGAAAUCUAAUCAAUUAAAGAAUCACAACCACUAUAAAAUUCCCUAUCAUAUGGUUACAUACAAUACCCACCUCGUUAUUGUGGUCAAUUAAUUCUAAGUGUAUGAUGCGAUAACUUAGGAAUACAAUGCGAAAUGUAUCUAAAAGAUAAACUAUGUUUUGUCGAUCAUAGUGCUUAGGAUUUAAAAAGACGCAAUGUUUUGUAACGAAUAACACCGCACAACCUGUUUAGCAAUAAGUAUUUAUAAUACAAGCUGUGAUAGUAUCUCAAACAAAAAAGAACAUCAAAUUUUCAAAUCCAAGUAACAAACUUAUACAUCAACACCAUUUUCAACAAAACAAAUUAUAAUUAUUAUAUCCGUGAGGAGCAGCUAAAAGUACACGAUGUCAAUAGAACUUUAUCAUCGCAACACAACCUACAAUAAUUCUGGAAUGGCUUCCCUUAGUAGCCGUUAUGAGGAGCUUCUCUUAUCGGAGAAUCACUCUGAUUGUGUAUUUAUAGUGGGUAAAUCCGAGUUCCGUUGUCAUAAGCUUAUUUUAUCAACUGCCAGUCCAGUAUUCGAUGCGAUGUUUUUUGGUUCCAUGCGUGAGAAGGAUGCCAUCGAGAUACGUGAUAUGAACGCAAACAUUUUUCAAAAACUCAUCUACUAUGUCUAUACAGGUCGAGUGAAUCUUGAGGAGGAGUCGAUCGAAGAUGUCUUUGAAUUAUACUACGGAGCUGAGAAGUAUCUUUUAAGUGAUCUUAUUGAAGGUUGCUUGAAUGCAGUAAAACAAAAGCUAAGAUUUGAUAAUAUUUUACCUGCACUCGAGUUGGGUUUCUACCUUAAUUUGGAGCCACUUUUGCAAGUCUGUACACAUUUCUUCACUCAUUGCUGUCUUAAUGACAUGCAAUUUAUGACCUACUUAAAGAACAACUAUUUCCACGUUAACAAAGACUGUAUCAAGGCCAUCAUAGCCCACAAUAAGGAUUUGAAAUAUCUUAUUUGGUUCGUCUUUGAGUGGUGUCAUCACGAGUGUGAGUAUCUUGGCUUAAAACAAAAUGAUUGUGACUUGAUUAUUGACGAUCUUCAGCUCGACUUAUCGAAACUGAAAAAUGGCUACGAACAGAUCUGCGCUCAAAUCAAGAAACUGUCCAACACUAUCGAGAGAAGCUGCUACAAAGCUUGUCGCCCUUUUAAAAUCGAUUCCGAAGACUUUGAAUGGAAUGUGACUCUGCGGUGUGACCGUUUCAUUUCCCUAUUGGGAUUGAUUAUCAACAGUCGUUUGAAGCCACCAUCAAGAGCUGUGGUUGACGAUUCCAUUGCCAGUUCAAAUGAAUACAGAGAGAAUCUGCAGAUUGAAAUUCGAGCAAAAGUAGCUGCGAACAGUGGAAUCGAAGCCGAUCGAGUGGUUCUGCAGCAUCUCGUGAACAAAGAACAUACCAGAUAUAAUUGCGAUCUAAACAUUGUAUGGGACGAUGCAGUCAUUCUUUCACCCGAUGUGGAAUAUUUAGUUAAGUUAACUUGGCAGCAGAAUGCCUUUGGGGCCGAAUACCCCUGUAGCGUGCAAUCGGAUGAAGUUGAUGGUAUCCAGUUCAAUGACUGCAGUCGCCAUUUUGGAAGUCUUGUAAGAGGCUUGAAAUUUUUGAAUUUGGUAGUUUAAUUCAGGAUAAGAAGUGAAAUUAUUGUUUUUGUGCUUCCCAUAUAAAUUUAAAAUUUAAUUUAGUAUUUAAGUUUAAUAUAGUAUAACUUAACUUUAUUUGUCUUAAUAUAAAAAUACAAUGAGGUUAAUAAACUUCCAUCCGUUUCUUUUUAAUCUACAUAA